GUUCACAUGAAAGCUCAAAGAGCAAGUAAGGAACAGCAGCUUGAUGUGAUGAACAAACAGUACAAGCAGCUCGAGAGUCGCCUGGAUGAAAUGCUCUCUAGGAUUGCAAAGGAAACUGAGGAAAUCAAGGACUUGGAGCAACAACUCACUGAUGGUCAAAUAGCAACAAAUGAAGCACUGAAGAGGGAUUUAGAAAGUAUUAUCCUUGGAUUACAGGAAUACCUGGAAGGUGUUAAGUGUCAGGCAAAACGAGCCAAUGAGGAAUGUAAAGAGUUGCAGAAGGAUAAAGAAUCUUUGCUACAAAGAUUGGCAGAUCUAGAGGAAGAAAGAAACAACCUGGAAAUUGUUGCCAUGGAUGCUGAAAAUAUGAGAAAAGAAAUUACCAUGUUAGAAGGUGCACUCCAAGAGCAGCGAGAGAUAAAUGAAUCACUUAGAGAUGCUCAAGGGAACAUCAGUGCCUAUGAGGCUGAGCUGGAAGCCCAGCUGAGAGACAGAGACACUGAAGCCAAUCAGCACAAAGAAGAACUGGAAAGACUGAAACAACUUAGCCAGAUGGAACUGUCAGCCUUGCAAGCUGAACUUGAAAAAGAAAAGCAAGCCUUAGAGAAUGCUCUGACCAAAGCACAACUGGCUGAAGAGAAGGAGAAACAAAAUUACAAGCUCCUUUCUCAGUUCAAGCAAUUGCAGGGAGACAAUAAUCACCUGAAACAACAGCUUAAGGAUCUUCAGAAUCAGCUAAACCAUGCAGUUGGUAACUUAAUUCAUCCUGAGGAAAUCUUGGCUCGUAUAAACAAACUCAGGCAGAAGCUUCACACAGGAGUUGGAGAGAUUAAAUGCCAGAAUUCAGCUGAUGUUUUAGGGAGAAGCCUUGCAAAUCUGCAGAAAGAAUUUAAUGACAUCCUUGCUGAUGCUCAGAGGGAAAAAGAGAAAGCAUGGGCUAGACAGAGACAACUGGAGGAAGACAUGGUAUCCCAGCAGGAAAAACUGGAAGAAGUGCAGGAGAAAUACAGACAGGUUAAAGAUGAAAACAGACAGAAUAAGAACAAGGUCCAUCAGUUAGAAAAUGAAAUUCAGCGUUUGCAUGAGAAAAUAAAGAGCAUGGAAGAAAUUCAGGGCCUUGCUGAUCAACAGCUGCAAGAGGCAGAUGAAGAGAAAGAGACUAUUCUUGCUCAGCUGGAAGAUUUAGAGAAAAGGAAAAAAGUAGAAGAUGCUAGGGCACAAAUGCAGUUUGUCAGUCUAGAUAAAGAACUGAAGGAAUUAAAGAGAGCUGUCAUCACUUCAGAUAAACUGGCAGCCACAGAGCUCUCCAUUGCUAAAAAUCAGCUACAGGCUCUGCAUGGGACUGUUCUCAGAAUUAAUCAGGAGCGAGCUGAGGAGAUUGAGGAAGCUGAAGAGUUCUCUGCGAAGGCAGCUCGUGCAGCCCGGGAUCUUGCCAGAGCAGAAGCAGAAAUAGAAUUGCUACAGCAGCUCCUCAAAGAGAAGGAAGAACAAUUCCAGCAUGAAAUGGAAAAAGCCAAUGAGAAGACUGUUGCAUCAAGCUCUCAAAAGUUUGAAAUUGAUAAACUAAAUGAAGCUGUGGAGCAACAAAAAGCAGAAAUUGAGCGUUUAAGAUGGUUGUUGGAUCAUGUUGGGACAGGCAACAAAGAUGAAAUUGACAACUUACAAGAUGAAAUUGCAGCACUGAAAAACGUGCUUUCAUCCCAGAGUGAUUACAUCACCAGUAUAGCAGAUCCAUUGAAAAGAAGGGGAUACUGGUAUUACAUGCCCUCAUCACAGGCUUCAACUCCUGCUUCCCACAGCACGAAAGACUCUGGUGUUUGUUUACGGUGUUCUGGCACCUGCCCACCUGGAAGAGCGUGUGGCUGGGAGAGGCAGGGCAGGAGGGAAGACCUGCCAUGUCCAGCAGGGUGCUGGGUUUAUUCACCAGUCAGAAGCAGGCUGUACAAAACAAGUUCUGGUAAAGACAGAAGAACAAAAGAAGAUAGUGAAGGAAAUGAAGAAAGUCAUGUUCCCAAGGAGCCUCCCUUUGUACCACCACCUGGUGCAGUUCUCUACACAGUGCUGCCAGACGGUGCCCCUGUCCCUCAGGGAACUGUGGUGUAUGGCCCUCCUCCUGCAGCAGCAAGUGGGGCUUCAGUUGCUCCAGGGUCUGUUAUCUAUGGCCCACCUCCUGUGGGAGCCCAGGUUGUUUAUGGUCCUCUUCCUCCAAACUUCACCGUCCCGCUCGUUCCUGUCGGAGUGCUCCACUGCAACGUGCCUGAGCAUCACGACCUGGAGAGUGAAGUCACAAGACUAGAAGACACUGUAUAUUACUUAAAGUCUCAGAAGUACAAGAAUAAAUGGUCAGAGGCAGAUGAACGUAAAUGCAGAAAAGAGGUGGAAAGAUUGCAUCAAAAUGUUGCAGAGCUACUGCAGGAAAGAGAAGAACUGGAACGUGAAGUAGGAGAGCUGCGGCAAGCAGCUCAAAGAUACAACAAACACAAGGACUUUAUUGGAGGGCACACUGACAACCUUACUGCAGAAUUCCAGCUAGAAAAGUCUUUUCAACAUCAUGAAGAUAUUGCAGAUGAAAUUGAAUGCAUAGAAAAGACUCUUCUGAAGCGACGAGCAGAGCUCAGAGAGGCAGACAGGCUGCUUUCAGAAGCUGAAGUGGAACUUGAGAGCACACGGGGGAAAACUAAAGAGACUAUUCAGAAGUACAAUCAUGCCAAACAGCAGUUGUCCCAUACUGAAACUGAGGCAGAGGAGCUAGAGCGAAGGGCUCAGGAAACAGCUGUCCAACUUGUGAAGGCAGAUCAGCAAUUAAGGUUAUUACAGGCAGAUACAAGGGAUUUAGAACAGCGUAAGAGAGAACAAGAAGGUGUUUUGAAGGAAAUCAACAAAAUGGUGGCUGCAAGAGACUCUGAGUUCCAGUUGUUAAACCAGAAGGUAGAAAUGCUAACUGAAAGUCUUCAGAAGCUUCAAGGAGAUAUUCAAGUUGCAGAAGGUAAUGAAGAACAUCACCUCCAAAUCCUUAGAGAAGCAGAAAGCCUUCUUCAAGGCAAGAAAACUGAACUGGAAGGAUUAAAAGAUCAGAUUACUGCUCAGCAACAAGAGCUCUUGUUUCUGGAUCAACAGUUAAAUCAAAGAAAAGAAGAGCUCCAUGUCCUUCAAGACUGUAUUUCUCAGAAGAAAGGUGACCUCCAAGAAGCUCUUCGAGAUGGAGAGUCUGAAGCAAAUGAAAAACUACGCAGAAUAAGAGAAAUAAAGCUACUUCUGGAAGAGUUUCAUGUUGAGAGGAAAGAACUGGAUGUCCAGAUUAAUGAGAAAAGAGCACAGCUUUUGUUCAUAAAGAAAGAUGUUGGAAAAGAGGAAGAAAAUCUUGAAGGAAUACUUGGGCAAAUUACCAGACAUAAGAUAGAACUGAAACGUGUUCUGGAAACGCUGGAGCUUGAAAGUAACGAACUUCAAAGUUUGAAACUACAACAUGAUCAAAAGAUCAAUGAGUUAGAAAAGACUCAGCUUGCAAUUCUAGAAGAGAAGUUAAAACUGGAGAAUAUUCAGAGAUUGUUUCAGUGUCAGCAAGGGGAAGUAGAUUGGCAGGAACAACUCCUUGAGAAAGACCGCCAGGAAAACGAACAUCUGCUCUCUCAGAUGCGCACGCUGCAGAGCAGCAUUGAGUCCUUGACUAAAGAAAAGGAAAAGCUUGAAGAAGACUGUCAGAGUUUGGAAAAGAAGUUGUCACAAACUAGAAGAGACUUAACUACUGCUGAAGAGAGCAGCAGAACUGCAUUGGCCAGUGUAAAAAAGAUGGAAGCGGAUGUUAAACGCCAGCAGGAGGAGAUAGAUCUACUCAGCAAUCAGAAGAAAUCACUGCAUGGAGACAUUGUGGUUAUGCAGAAGGACCUUCAAGAAAAAAAGGAAGAACGAGAAACACUGAAAGGAGAAUUAAACGACUGCAGGCAACAGCUUCAGCUGGUGGAGCAGGCUUUGAAAAAUAAUAAAAGGCAUCAGGAUGAGCUGCUUAAAGAGCAGGCAACCCUAAAAGAAGAUAUCCGAGAGUAUUUAAGGAAGCGUAAGGAUUGCCAAGAGAGACAGAAAAGGAGAGAGAACCAAUUGCAGCAGCUCCAGAAGGAGAUUGAAGAGAAAGAAACAGAACUAGCCAAGCAAGCAGCGAUUCUUCAUCGCCUCAAGCAAAAUUCAGAGCAUGAAGGAAAGAAACUGGAAGAAUACACUGCUAAAGUGAAAGACCAGAAAAUACUAUUGGAAAAGGAACUAACAGAUCAACAAAAGAAACUGGAGCAGGCGGUAGCAAAAGUAAAGCUGGCAGAAGAAAACCUCGGGAGGCUAGAAAAGGAGGAGUCCCAGUGUGCAGCUCUGGAAGAAGCUGUCAGAAAAAGCAAACAUCAGCUCUCAGAAAGAGAAUUACAAUUGCAACAGAAAAAUAGAGAAAUACAAUCUCUUCAAAAAGAACUGGAAGUCUCCAAGUCUGAGCUAAACUAUCUCCAAGAUCAGAUAGCAGCAGAGCGGAAAAAAGCAGAAAAUGAAAUCUUGAGUCUGAAAAGAGCAAUGAAAAAGAAAAGGGUGCAGCUUGAAAGAAAACUGCACGAACAAAAGCAUGGAAAUAACCACUGGCAGAGCGACAGAGCGACUGCCGAACGAGCCCCACACAACAGCCACGGCCCAGCCACGUGUCUCCUGAGGGACCCUGGCCAGGACCAGCAGGACUCCAUGGAUCUCCCAGCCCAGGUUAAAGCUCAAGAAGACCUGGAACAGAGACAAAGGGAAAUGGAGAAUGCAGCAACAUGGCUUAAACCAGAGGCUGAAGAUGAAAUUCAGAUGGAGUUUCAAUCUUUAAGCCCAUCCUCUGUGGAACCAUUGGAAGACUCAGAAGCACAUUCUGAAGGCCAGGAGAGUCUGCACUGGGAAUCUGAUGACUGGGAGGAGACCCAUCUGUUUGGUGCUGCUGACAGAAGACUCCUCUUAUUGGAGGAAAAGUUGAAUUUUUCAAAAGUCUUCCUAAUGGACGAGCAGUGGCGGGGAGAGGCUCUGCGAGAGAAGCUGCAGCAUCACGAGGAUCGCCUGAAGGCUCGGCUCCGGCAGUGCAUGUCCAAGCAAGUGGAAGUGUUGAUGAGAGGAAAGCAGCAAACAGAAGGGACCCUGCACAGCCUGAAGCGACAGGUGGACGCCCUGGAUGACCUCGUCAGCAGCACUUCUUCAGAUUCGCUGUUCCGAGCCCAAAGUUUGAGUCUAGGACCUCUUCACAAGGCUCUGAACUUAACAAACCCAGAGGCUGCCCUGGCCCUCGGCCCCAGCAGGCCGGCCAGCAUUCCAGUGGUGGCGCAGCCGCCGCGUUCCUGCUCCCGAGGGAUGUCUCAGUGA